GCGCUAGCGCUUAUUAAAUCGCGAGACGUGUUAUUUGGACAAUUUUCUAGGGACCGAAUUUGAGUUAAACUUCAGUUAAUUCCUUGAUCCAAUAUAUGUUCGAUCAUGGUAACUAUUGAACAACUUUACAAGGAUUAUGAGAUCCUUGCUGAAGCUGGAACAGAUGCCGGGAAGCAUGAAAAGUCAUAUGCCUCCAUUCUUAGUGCCGUUGGAGGGGAUUCGCCUCAGAAGCAACUUGCCGGUCAGUUCAUCCCAAAGUUCUUCAAAUACUUCCCUUCUAUGGCAGAGCAGGCAAUAAACGCCCAGCUAGAUCUAUGUGAAGAUGAUGUAUCGAUGAUCCGCCGUCAAGCCAUCAAAGAACUACCCAACCUAUGCAGAGAUUCGGCUGAUCAUCUACUAAGGAUUGCAGAUGUUUUAACGCAGCUUCUUCAAUCAGAUGAUCUUCCUGAAUUAAACAUUGUCAGGUCGGCUCUUAUGGCUCUAUACAAUAUAGAUCCUAAAGGUACUCUUGGUGGAAUAUUCAAUCAGAUUUUAUCGGGAGAAGACAAGGUUAGAGAUCGAGCUAUUAAGUUCCUCAGCAACAAGAUUCAGACGUUGCCUCCAGACCGCAUACCUAAAGAUGUUGAGGAGUUUCUGGUGGAGAAAUCAAAAGAGGUACUUGCUGAUGUGACCGGGGAAGAGUUUGUUAUAUUCAUGAAGCUUUUGACUGGAUUAACCAGCAUGCAGACGUUAUUAGGAAGGAAGCAAUUACUUGAUCUAGUUACAGAGCAGGCAGAUCUCACAUCCGAUUUCCAGCACACAGACUCUGACUGCGUUGAUAGGUUGAUACAGUGCAUUCGCCAAGCCAUGCCAUUCUUUUCGAAAAACGUUCAAUCAACUGCAUUUGUGUCGUACAUAUGUGAACGUGUCCUACCCAACCUAAGCUCCCUUGCUUCAUCGCCCGAUGAGAACGGGGCAACGGAGGAAGAGAAGAAAGACAAGGAGAAAGACUCGGAUUCCGACGGCGCCAAACUAGAAAUGUUGAAACUGCUCGCCGAGAUGGCGUCCAACUGCGGUGAUCUACCAGACGAACCUCACAUAGCAAACCUCUUCAGCACAUUAGUGGAGUACAUGCCAUUACCACCACCAGCUGAAAAUGAAGACAGUGAGAACACACCUGCCAGUGAAGAUCCCCAGCUCCAGUUCUCGUACGUUGAAUGUUUGAUGUACACAUUCCACCAGCUAGCCAGAAAGCACCCUGAAUACCUCACCAGUGAGGAAGAAGCUGUUGCUGAAAGGCUAAAGGAUUUUAGGCUCAGGUUGCAGUACUUUGCUCGAGGUGUUCAGUUAUACAAGAGACAGCUUCGUUUAGCGUUGGAGGGGAAGGUUGGCGAUCAGCUGAAAACAGAUGAAAACAAACUCAAAGUGGUAGCUCUCAGAAUUACAUCAAAUAUUGAUCUACUAACAAAGGAUCUGUUCCACAAUCCCCCGUCUUAUAAGAGUUCUGUCAUUUUGUCAUGGAGACCGGUUACUAAGCAACCACCAUCACCGAAAGAACAACCAGGACAAAAGAGGAGUAACAUCACUCCCAUCACAUUCCCUGAGGGAUCUACACCAGCCAAGAAGAAACAGCAGAAUAGAGGAGGCGGUGGUGGAGGUGGGCAGAGGAGGGGUAACAGGGGUAUGUACGCACCCCCCAGCGGCAAGUACAGUCAGAAGGCAGGCUCGGCGCCUGGAGGUGGGGACGCCAACUACGGAGAUAACUAUGGAGGUAAUCAGAGGUACCAGAACCAGCGAGGAGGCUACGGUCGCGGUCGCAACAGAGGAAGAGGGAGGGGUCGAUACUACUAGAUAACCCAUCAUCAUUGUAUGCUAGCUGUAAAUAGACAGAAUACUUCACUCUAGUCUGUACUUAUUCCACCUCUGUCAUACCUGAGGGGGGCGUUUCACAAAUCGAUGAGUGCGACUUCUGCGGGUUUGCAUGAAACUUGCGUUCAAUCCCCUAUCAUGCGCAAUACCCCCCAAAUAAGCAUUGGUACUUUGAUCAGGGAUGACGAGAAGGCCGGUACUUCCGAGUCACGAGGUCGAUGGAUAAAAUGCCCAUUGACUAUAUACACAUGACUCGGCCCAAAGGCCAAGGCCGGCAAAUCUAACCUCAAGGCCGGCCUUGAGCACACACCGGACUUUGAUUUAACGCUUAUUUUUAGUUGACUCCAAUCUAUUGCAACACCCAACCAUGCUUCAUUUUGCAAUUGAACAAAAGUUUCUUGCAACACUCCAUCAGUGUCAUAGCUUAGACGUCAACCCGCACAUGAUAUAUAAUGCCUAACCUUGUGGUGAAUAGACAGUGGUGCAUGUUGUCCGAGAUUGAUUUGACCAAUGCGAUGAUGCGUUAUAUAACCCAUGCAAUUAUUAAUCAAGUAUGAGUUUCAGUCGCACUUAACUUUUUAUGAAACACCUCCCUGGUAUUAUACAAAAUUUCUGUGACGAUUUCAAGGUCGGCUAAUCAAAUUCUCUUUCAAUAGCUGUGAACACCGACUGUCUUUUUUAAUUGUGCUGAAUGACCUGUCUCAUCUAAUAUAGUGAGCUACAAUUAUGUGUUUUAUUGAAAUAUUGCCGGUUUACUGGCCAAGAAUGAAUUCAUCAUUAGUGACUGAUUUAGUAAUAUCGUGAAAGAGCGGCCAUUGUGAUGAUACUCAUCCGUGGUUUCAAGUUGGUUCAUGACGCGAUAGGUGAUAGACAAAUCUUCACACUCUUGGUUUUUGCUCCAUGAUCACCAGCAAAAUGUUCUCUGGACGGAUCGCUCUGUCAUCUAUGACCUUUGAAAGAAUUACGGUGUAUUUAGAAUCUUGCGUAGAGUGUACCCUGCCUUGAAUGAAUACUUUUGAGGAUUAUCCCAUCUAAUGAUAUGACUGUAAAAGACUGUUUUGUCGCUUUUUUUAAAAACAUGUUCGGUCAUAGAGAACCAAUCUGUUGGGAAGAAAGGUUAAAGAGGAGAGGUUUGGGCAUUGUAACUCGAUAAUUUCAAAAAUUCGGACAUCAUUAUCAACAAAACCCUCGCCGUGUUGGUGAAAGGUCACAUACACUCUUCUUUUCAUGUAAGUUGAAUGCAUUCAAUUUGCAAAGGAAAUGUUAGAGGAUAUUUUUAGGAUUAAGCAGAAUGUAAAUUUGCAUUUUGAAGAAGGUAUAUGUCUAAAAAUUAUCCUUUAAACACAUGGGUCUACUCUAUGUCAGGAACAUCCAAUGUCUAAUUGAGCACACAAUUACAUCAGAAUAAAAUUACUCCUUGUUUAACAUUGCUUUCUGUGCUUAAAAUUAUUUUAAGUUGGCCAAAUUUACUUGUACUGCCGAGGUUGUAAAGACUCCUUUUAUAUUUUGUCACUUUUAUAUUACUUAGGGGGUGUUGCAAGAUUUGUUAUCAUCAAUUGCAAAUUUCUGUUGCAAUUUUACGAUGGGUAGAUCAGUUUUGAUUAUAGCACACUGAUUUAUACUCCUUGUUAGAAGCAGGGCAGUAAAUCAAGGGCAAAGUUGCAUUUAAUGGCAAGACGAAUGGUUGAUUUUGGACCCAAGGUAGACUAGCAAUUGAUUGCAAGUUUCUUGCAACACCCCGAUAGUUUGUUAUUAUUUGUUGUUGACGUUAGUAGGGUAAGGCACCAUAGUAAAUAUCUCUGAGGUGUUGUAGCUGUGCAUCUUUUAAAGGUAUAUGUUCCUGGGAUUUAAGAGGGCGCUGUUGGACACAGCUACGCGCUGCACGGAGUGCCAGCUGCCCAUUGAUGCCGACUUGAUAUGAUGCUGAUGCAGAUACCAUGUUCUGAAUGUCCGAACUCUAGAGGAUUCUCAGCUGCUGUUUUGAAGAUCUUGGCUCCGGCUUCUGUGGGAACUGACAUCAAAAAAUGUUUGGACCAGCACCAAUGUAGCCAAAAGCAGCCCAGCGUAUGUGAACAUUACAUGUGUGCAUGUUCUCCACAACUGACUGAAGAUUGACAGCUGCAUCGCGUUGCAUUGAUCUUUGUAAUUGCGGCGAGUACAGCACACAUCGAAACCGUCCAACAGCCCUCUCCUGAAUCCCAGGAGCAUAUACCUUUGAAGCAGUUUCCCUUCCAUCCUUUGUUGUUAAUAUGAUGAAAUAGCAGGAUUAUUUAUUAUUAUGAUAAAAAUGCACUUUCCAGAUUCCUGUUGAAAUACAUUUUUUUUUUACUUUUGUCUUAUUCUUUUAGUAUACUGAUCAAGGUUUUGUAAAUGUUUAAAGAAAUUUUGUUA